AUGAGGAUCCUCACGGCCCUCCUUGCGGUCACGGCGGCACUGAUCCCUCUGCGUGAGGGAGUGCUAGCAAGAAAGCCAUGGAACCAGCUCCAGGCGGCUGAUAUCGUGCAAUGGCCCGGCGACUGCAAACCGUCUGAAUGUGUCGAUUACGAGAUGGAUGAGAUGAUUCAAGAAACAGCCUUGCUAGCGGAUGCAGCCAGUAAGGUCAUCGACAUCUUUCUUGGUAAGAAGAGCAACAAAGUCGUUCCCAAAAGCAGUGCCAACAAGCGCUUCUUGGAGGCCUCAAAGGCCAUGUGGAACGAUGACUUUGCGGAUGCCCCAGACGACCCUAAAUCGUGGGCUGUGGAGCAGAGCAAGCGCUUUAUUUUGUCUGCAGUACAAGCGCGAACCACACAAGGAUGGUACAUCUCCAACUGGUACUCCCCGAAGCGGAAGGACCCGAAGUACCCGAACGACCGGACGAAGGAUAAGCGCAUCGAAAGCCGAGUCGUCCGUCUUCUCACAAACGAGAAGAUCUGCCAGGGAACAACACUCGGCGAGACAUUUUACUAUGAGAGGGUCAUCGGGAUCUGCAACCGGGUGUUUUCAUUUGAAAAACUCACCCGGUUAAUCAGGUAUCAAGAGAGACUGGCUGUGGGGAUGGACCUGAGCCGGACGCAGAAGACACGCGGUGGAUAUUUUCUGCAUGAGGCCCUGCAUUUUCUUGAUCACGAGAACAAGGAGAUUGAUAUAGGCCAUGGCAAGGAGCGGGCCUAUGGUUGGGAACUCUGUACGGCUCUUGCGAGGAAAGACGACCGCGCGAAGGAUGCUCGGUAUAACCCCGACAACUAUCACUGGUUUGCCAUGGCCGUGGCCCUUCACCGGGUGAAAUGGUAUCCGGAUGGAAAGAAGGUAUUGUGA